AUGACUGAGCCUUCUUCUGAAGCUUCUGUGGAAUUUGUCGGCGCAAUGGCCGAGCCUUCCUCUGAGGCUUCUGUGGAAUUUGUUGGCGCCGUGGCUGAGCCUUCCACUGAGGCCUCUGAGGAACUGCUGAGCACGAGCGAGCCCACGGAAGAGAUCCCGACGACCUCAAAGCAGAAGAAGCAGAAGAAGCAGAAGAAGCAGAAGCAGCAGCAGAAGCCCAGGGGCCGCCGCCACCGCCCCGCCUUCGACAGCUUCGCCAGCUAUUUCCCCAAGGUUCUGAGUAAGGUUCACCAGGACCUGAGCCUAUCGCAGCAGGCCGUGUGCGUCCUGGAUUCAUUCGUAAAGGACAUGUUCGAGCGCAUCGGCGAGGAGGCUUCACUCCUGGUCCACUCCAACAAGCGCUCCACCAUGACCUCCAGAGACAUCCAGACAGCCGUGCGCCUGCUCCUGCCCGGGCACCUCGGCAAGCAUGCCGUGUCCGCCGGCACCAAGGCUGUCCUCCGUUACCAGCUACAGAAAUGA